UUAAUGCUAAUGCCGCAGUAAUUUCCAAUAAAACCGUUUCAUCAUCUCGCAUACACGCUCAAAAUACAAUAACAACAACAUCUUCCACGAAUGAUAGCAUAUUAAAUAAUUCGAUAGGAAAUGGAAUAUUUUUCGUGGCCGGUAUCAUAACAUCAUUCGCGAGCAUCGUAGGGUGUUCAACGAUCAUGAUGAUUACUUUUAAUACAUGGAAAAAGCUGAAAAAGUUACCCCCCUCACAAAAAUUUCCAUUCUACAUGUCAAUAAUGGACCUAUUAAUCGCUCUUAUAACGAUUCCCAAUCUGUUUUAUCCGAUGCAGAACAAUGAAUUAUUAAAUUCCGAGGUUCUGUGUCAGAUUUUUGGGUUUAGCAUGUCGUCGUUAAUCAACAUGAACAUGAUUCUAAUGACCACCUUCGCAAUUAAAACUUACCUACAUAUAUGUAAAAGAAUCAUUGUCAAUUUUGGAUCGUACGAUUGGAAAUUAAUCAUUUCUAUAUUGACGCUCAGUACACCAUUUAGCAUAAUAACCGCUGUAUUUAAUGGUUACGGUCAAGACAAUUAUUGGUGUUAUAUGAAUAGGAUGAACAAUUAUGGUAGUAAGGCAUCAAUGAUCUGCUCGGUAAUAUUUACCUACAUCGUAAUAAUGACGACAACAUUUUGUUAUUUGAAGGUAAUAAAAACCAUCCAUGGGGUAGAAUUGAUGCUCACUUCAAAGUCAUUUAAAUCCGCAUGGUGUCCAAUAAAAUGUAAUAGAUCCUCUUCAAUGACAAAUGAAGACGGUUUGGAAUUAAGACCUCCAAGUUUCUUUAUUACGAUCAUGUCAAUUCAAUCUAUUCCAACUGCAUCACAACAGACGGUCGCUUCAAACAUAAUGAAAGCGACACGUAAACUAACCGGUUACAUAUUUUUACAAUUGAUCCAGUACGCCCCUAUUAUAAUUUAUUGUUUAUGUUUCUUGUAUGAUGUCAAUGAAGUUUGGAUUUACAUCUUAUUCAUCGUGUCGCUUAAUCUUGGGAGCGUUGCCAAAACCUUUGUUUUCUUGAAGAAUGAAAUGUUUUAUGAUAAUUUAGGGUAG